AUGCAAAACUUUUCCUCCACUGAGAAACACCAGAACCUCCUUCAGGAAUACAUGGAUCCAAUAUCAGUAAUGGAUCUCGUGGUGAGGCACAGUAGUGCACCUGUUGCUCCCGAAUCAUCCAAGCUACUAGCGAUGGAAGACGAUUAUGACGAGGAACUGGAAUUCCUUCGAGAGGAGAACCAAAAACUGCAGGACAAAUUAGACCGUUGUGUAAUGGAAUUGUCUCGAUCUAGCAAACACUCCAGUUGCUACCACAGUGAUGAUUCCAGCGACUUGGAAUUUCUUCUCGAGGAGAACGAAAUCUUGCAUGGCAAGUUGGAACGAUGUGUAGCGGCAAUGCUUCGAACCAGCAGCUUCAGCUGA